GUCGUUUUACCCAUUCCACAACCCUCCCUCCCCGCUGCCCCUUUUGUUCUUGCGCGACAUUUCUCUCGUUUUAUUCAAUGGACCAGCAUUCGGUGACAACACCACCGCCUCUUGCUCGUUCUAGCAGUGACGCAGCACAUGUGGCGUAUAACUCUAACAAAGAGCAAUCACCACCACCACCACCACCACCACCAGUGCCGCCACCACAGACAACGUCGUCAUCGUCGUAUCCACCCCUGACAACUGAAUACGAUCGAUACCCACCUCCACCACCGCGUUCUUCAUCGCGUUAUCGUUCGGUAUCACCACCUUCACACCGAGGUUCUCGUUCAACACCACCACCACCAUCGUCAUCAUCACGACCCGAAGAACGGCGUCAUAACAGUAACAACGAUGACCGAUACUAUCAGCGUCGCGAUUAUCACUAUCGUCGACGAUCGCGAUCACGUUCACCGCCACCAAGAUCACGGCAACAUUCCCCUGGUUACCACUCGCCUUUGAGUCGCGAACGUUAUGCACCGCCUCCUCCUCCUCCUCAUCCACAUUCGUCGCGUUACGCUGAUCGCUAUUAUGAUCGAGAAAGUAGUAGUAGAAGCAAUCAUCGCCAUGACAGAUAUGAAGAUCGUGGAGGGUAUUAUAGUCAACGUCGAUAUCAUUCUCGAUCUUCGCCACGACACCAUCAUCAUCAAAGACACAAUGUGGAUCGAGGCACCGCACAAGAUCGCAAUACAUCGACCACUUUAUUUGUGGGCAACUUGCCAUACGCCUUUGGCGAAUGGAAUGUCGCAAACAUGUUUGAUCGUUACGGCAGACUUGCAAAAGUGACGGUUCCCAUCGAUUCCGUUACCAAUAAGAACAAAGGAUUCGCAUUCGUAGAGUUUGAGGAGCGUCGUGAUGCCCAAGACGCAUAUGACAAGUUUAACGGGUUCAGUGUGGAAGGACGAAGGCUAAAGUUGGAUUGGGAUAUUGGAUUAUCGAAAAAAGACGAACAUCGUCAUCACCAUCGAGGCGGCAGCGGUAGCAGUAGUAGUGGAGGAUAUCACCAUUAUAGCCAGCCUCCUCCUCCUCCUCCUCCUCGAUAUCAUCGUGGAUACGACGCGUCACCACCGCGUCUACCACGACAGCAAUCACGAAUGUCUUCACCAUCUGCUUUGCGUAGUCGAUCACCGCCACCUCCACCACGUGCUGGUUAUUCAGCUACUAUUACUACUACUUCGCCCAUGGAACCACGAAGCUACCGACGCGGCUCGUUCGACAUGUAUCGUCGCUAAGCAUCCCCCUAUGCGUUGUUCUUUACUAUUCUACUACUACUGAUACCGAGUAUUACUUCUUCCGAUCGCUUUCCCCACCCCCCCCCAAAAAAAACCAAAAGGAAAAAGAACGUCAACUUGACGAGCACUUUUAUACAAUGCGACCAACAAUAAUGACAAUCCAAAAAAAUUGUCAUUUUUGUGUUAGAACACCAUUGUGCCUAUAAAAGCAAAAAGAAACACCAACACCAACACCCUAUCCUGUUUGAAGAAACCUUUGUGGGUUGGAUCAUUUAAAAAAACACGGUGGAAGGAGUGGAUUAUUACGAGACGUAUCGAUGAUGAUGAUGAUGAUGAUGAUGAUGAUG